AUGGUCAUGAUGGGCUCGAAUCUGCUCUCUUAUCGGUUGGCUGGUCUGGCCGACUCUGUUCUUGGUGGCUUUGGCCCACCAUGUUUGCGGAACGCAUAA